CUAGAAUAAAACCCCCUCGGCGUCCCACCCGGCCACCUCGCCGGCUCCGCCCAACGAAGAAACCAACCCGACGACCCCCUCCACGCUUCGCCGCCGCCGCCGUUAUAUAAACUCCGGCUCCGGCAUCUCCCUUCCCACCAACCUCCCAGGAUGGCCCACCACCUCCUCCUCCCCUCCAAGCCCCUCGUGCCCGCCACCGCCGCCACCCCGCGCCGCGGCGGUGGCGGCCGCCCCGUCGUCUCCGUCCGCGCGGCGCUCUCCGCGUCGACGGCUACCGCGGCGAAGGCGGCUGGGGCGGAGGCGGUGAGGUCGAUCCGCGCGCGGCAGAUCGUGGACAGCCGCGGGAACCCCACCGUGGAGGUCGACCUCGUCGCCGGCGACGGCAGCCUCCACCGCUCCGCUGUUCCCAGCGGGGCCUCCACGGGGAUCUACGAGGCCCUCGAGCUCCGCGACGGGGACAAGGCCGUCUACGGAGGGAAGGGCGUGCUCAGCGCCGUCCGCAACAUCAACGAGCUCAUCGCGCCCAAGCUUGUCGGCGUCGACGUCAGGAACCAGAGUGAUGUUGAUGCGAUCAUGCUUGACAUCGACGGAACCCCAAACAAAUCACAAUUGGGGGCCAAUGCUAUUCUUGGAGUCUCUUUAAGUGUAUGCCGGGCUGGUGCUGGUGCAAAGGGAGUUCCUCUGUACAAGCAUAUUCAGGAAUUGUCAGGCACCAAGGAGCUUGUCAUGCCUGUCCCAGCUUUCAACGUAAUAAACGGAGGUAGCCAUGCCGGUAACAACCUGGCCAUGCAGGAAUUCAUGCUUUUACCCAUAGGGGCAACUUCAUUUGCCGAGGCACUUCGUAUGGGCAGUGAAGUUUAUCAUGUUCUUAAGGGCAUCAUUAAGGCGAAAUACGGUCAAGAUGCCUGCAAUGUUGGAGAUGAAGGGGGUUUUGCUCCUAAUGUUCAAGACAACAGGGAGGGCCUUGUUUUGCUAAUGGAUGCCAUUGAGAAGGCAGGCUACACUGGAAAGAUUAAAAUUGGAAUGGAUGUUGCGGCAUCGGAAUUCCUUAUGAAGGAUGGGAGCUAUGAUCUAAACUUCAAGAACCAGCCUAAUGAUGGAGCUCAUGUUCUUUCGGCCCCUCGCCUCUGUGAUCUGUACAAAGAAUUUGUCAAGGAUUUCCCUAUUGUAUCAAUUGAGGAUCCUUUUGAUCAAGAUGACUGGAGCUCAUGGGCUUCGUUGCAAUCCUCAGUUGAUAUCCAAAUUGUCGGGGAUGAUUUGCUUGUCACAAACCCAAAACGUAUAGUAGAGGCUAUUGACAAGAAGGCUUGCAAUGCUCUGUUGCUAAAGGUUAAUCAGAUUGGUACUGUCACUGAAUCAAUUCAAGCUGCUCUUGAUUCAAAAGCGGCUGGUUGGGGCGUGAUGGUCAGCCACAGGAGUGGUGAAACAGAAGAUAAUUUCAUCGCUGAUCUAGCCGUUGGUUUAGCAAGCGGGCAGAUCAAAACCGGAGCUCCCUGCAGAAGUGAGAGGCUGGCUAAAUACAAUCAGCUUGUGCGGAUAGAAGAGGAGCUAGGUGACGUGCGGUAUGCUGGAGAGGCGUUCAGGUCUCCAUGAGAAACCUAGACUACACCCGUUCGCGUUUCCACAGCUGCGUCAGGGGUGUGCACUGUCGAUUAGAAAUAAGGUACUGCUAGAUCAUCUCAAUUCAUGACAUCUCCUUGUACCACGGCGCAUCCCAAUUUUUGCAGCCUAAUUAACCCAUGUCUCUCUUAUCCAUUCAGAGCAUAUGGAUCGAUCUAUUUAUAAGAAUCGAAUAUAUGUUUGCUUUUAUGUUA